GCAUCUUCUUCCUCUCUCAGUGCUUGAGAGCCGGGGUGUGAACACUGAGCUAUGCCUCGAAGCCCCCGGAAAGUUGAAAGAGCUCAAAAUUGAACCAACACAGAGCCACAGCUCGCAAGCUCGGAUCUCCGAUAUACGAAAUAGAAUGGCCGAUUUCUCGUACCUAUCGGACACAGACGAAUCGGCAGUGGAGGAGCUAAUCUCGCAGGCACAAGACCUCUGCGUUCUGGAGCAAGUCUCUGCCAUCAACUGCUCUUCUUUCACCGACUCUUCUGUCCUCCCUGCCGACCUCGAUUCCCGUUUUCGCAAACUCAAAUCCUUCCCACUCACUAAAGCCAAACCCUCAGGCCCACCUCCCUACACAAACACCAACCGCAACAACUCUGAUAAGGCUGACACACAGUCUGGUAAUGGUAAUGAGGAAGAUGCUGCAGUUUUCUCGCAUUACAAACAGGACCCAGAUGAGAAAAUGGGUUUCCAGCCGAAAUCACCUUCCGGGUAUGCCUCCGAUUUCUCAAAGGAAAAAGGGGAUUUCCCAGCUUCGAAAGACAACCCAGAUGGGAAAAGGGGUUUAGGGCCGAAUUUGAAACAUGGGUCGAUUUCAUCUCCUUCGAGUUCUUCCGAUUCGUCGCUGGAAAAUAUGAUUUCCUCGACUUCCAAACAAAACCCAGAUAAGAAAAGGCGCUCGAAAUUAAAAUCGAAAUCAGGGUCGUUUUCUUCACCCUUGGGUUCGUCGAAUUCAUUGAUGGAUUCGCCUUCUCCGCCAAAGAAAAACGGUUGCUUCUGGUGUUCUCCAAAGAAGGCUUCUCACAAGAAGAGCAAGGAAAAUCAAGAUAAGGGCAUCGGUCUUGACUGGGGCAAGAACGAUGAAUUUUUAUCGGAUUUGAGCACUUUUUCGACAAAAGAACAGCAAAAGAUGCUAAAGAAGGCAAUGAAAGAGGAGGAGAAGAUUAGCCGGGAGGCUGAGAAAAUCGUCAAGUGGGCUAAGCAGGCGUCUGCGAGGUUUAGUGUUUCUGGCAUUGAAGAUGAGCUAAGUGAUUAGUAGAGUACGAAAAUUGAGUAUAGUUUUGGAUUUUUGUCUUCAAUUUUACGCCUGGAAAGUGGAAACUAUAUAGUUAUAGCUAUCUGUGUUUAUUAUAGUCAUAUACCUAAUAAUCUGUUUCAGUUAGUGAAGAUAUGUUGUAAAGGUGAUGUCUGUUUGGAAGGGUUUAUAUUUAAAGAAUUAUUGGUAAAGAUGUCUUGAUAUGCCAAUGCUUCGCAUCUAUUGUAGCCUCAUAGUGCAAUUAUAAUGUUU